ACGCGCCGACUCUCGCCACAGCGAACUGACCAAUCAAGUUGUUUGAAGUUGGCGCGCAGCAACACGGGAAUAACGCAAAGUAAGGAAGGAAUAUGAUGUGUGGCUGUUGGUUCAAUUUACUAAUGUAGAGCGAUUGCAGCCGAUGCAAAUGCACUAGUGAAGAGUAUGCCUGACUUAUCAGAGAUACCCAAGGAAAAUGUGAAAAAAAGAGGCAUGGGUGGAUCAGCUUCAAAAAGAGUGGGUGGAGACCGCACAUUUUCAGAUGAAAAGGAAGCUCAAACUUUUGAUAGGCCAAGCAGACCCACACCACCUAAUAGACCCUUGCCACUUCUGGAUUCCGAUCGAGCUUCCUCACUGCCCAAAGUGUACAGCAAAACAUUAGAAGACACAAGCAGUGCAGCUUCCUCACCAGGAAAUUCAAAUCGCAAAAAGCACACCCCAGCAACCAUUCCUAGAACAAAGUUUACAUCAGCCACUCCUUUGGAGCAAAGAAUUGCCAUUAAUAGUCUUCGGCAGCGGCUAGAGUUUGAUGAUCAGAAAGGUAAUGCAGUGAAUGAAAGAGGUAUCGCGGGUGCUUCAGCAGUUUUGUAUGACCAAGCAAGCAUCUCAAGUGUUACUGAGAGUCUACCAGCAAGUCAGCUUGAAAGCGAUGCAUCUGAUAUGGUUGAUACAACUAAGAUAACCCAAAGGUUAAACCAAGUCAGGGAAUAUUUGAAGCAAGCAACUUCAUUAUAUGUGAAUUUGUCAACUAAAGAAUAUAUUGAGGACUCUGAAAUAGAGCACAUAGAAAAGCUUGGGAAACUUAUUCAGCAACUUCGUCUUCAAGAGCAGGGAUAUGUUGAUUUGCUGCAGCGAACACUGGAUAUGGAUCAGUCUGCUGAUUUGACCCCAGCGUCAAGUGUCUUGUCACUCAAGCAGCAAAAUGAAACUGAAAAUGAGGAAGACCAGCAGCAGGAAUUGAAAAGACUUCAGAUGCAACAUGCACUUUUGAGGAAAAUUGUAGAUCAACAGCAGCAGAUCCAAGACCUGAAGAAGAAGCAAGCAACAUUAGCAUCGCUACAGGAGCAGGCAGAGGAACUGAUGAAAUCAGCUGAUAUGACGAAAGAUGUUCCUGUACCAAACAACAAAGACGUGAAUGAAACCAGCCACAUACUGAAUUCUCGUCAUCAAGAAUUCACCCAGGGAUCAACCUCGCAAGCUACCGAACGUUUUAUCGACCAAGCAAAAGACAAUGAGGAGGCGGCGUUGUUUGAUGCUGACAUGGUGCAAAGGAAGCUAGAGCUGGAGAAUAAAUUGAUGAACUUACAAGCGAAAAAGCAGAAGAUGGACACUCUUCUGGCAACUUUGAAAUCUUCAAGAGACGCCCUCACCACUUUCCCGCAAGGGCCAGAUGAACCAUUGCCCGAGGUGCAAGAUAUGAAGGAAACAGCCGAGACAACUGAUUUUGAAAAGCUGGAAAUGCAGAGAUCAGCUAUUAAGCAGCAACAAGAGAACGCCGUUCAGGCGAUGCAGCAUGCCAAAACCGUACAGGAGAAACUAAAAAAAUUAAAGGAAGUCAAACAGAGGUUGGAAGAUUUAACAAAAGUUGUCUCUGAGUAUGAGCAUUCGCAAGUCCAGCCCGUACUCGAUGGUGACAAAAUCCAAGCAGGGUUGCCCCCUGCAGGCUAUGGGGGUGCAAGACCUAGAGGUGCUAAUGCAGUACAGCCUCAGUUGAACGCAGAAAUAGCGGAUUUGUCGAAUGGCAUUGACAAUAGAAUGAGGCCAACCCCUCCGUGGUCGCAGUCACAGAGAACGGCGAUCGAUGUCACUAGAAACCCAAGUUCUGCUAAAGACAAUAAAGUUUCUGCCAACAUUGGUAUCGCAUCUGCUAUGGAAAAGAAUCUUGCGUCCGAGGACCAGGACAACGACCUCUCCUCAAAGAUAAGGCAUCUGCAAGAGGCAAGACAAAGACUAGCAUUGGUGCAGAAGACUACACAGGCAACAUCAUCACAAAUUGAUGAAGAAAGGCAAAAUAUUGAUUUGACAGAAACAAACACAGCCAGUGUGACAGCAACAGAAUCGGAGAGUGAGUCAGAGAGCACGACUACUGCCGAGGAUUUGUCCUGGCAGGAAGACCCAGAGUUUCAAGCUAAAGUCAGGCGACUACAGCAAGCAAAGGAGAAGCUGAAACAUUUGCAAGAAUUGGUCAAUUCAGUUCAGCAGGAUGGCAUGGCAAUAGAUGAUCUUGCAAAUAUCUCCUUGAGUAGCAAGGAUUCUUCAGUCAAAGACGACGAAGAUGAUAACGAGGAUGGUGAUGAUGAGGGCGGUGAAAACGAGGAUGCUGAAAACGAGGAUGGUGGUGAUGGUGAGACGGAUGAAGAAGAUGAAGUGACGAGUGAACAGCAGUCUGUGGCCGAAAAUGAUGUUGAUGAUGCUGAGAGUAGCAUGGCAGAGGAAGCAAAUGAUGAUAGGAUGAGCAAGCAGAGUGAUGGUAGCACACUUAAUAAUGCAGUUGCCAUGCUUGAUAGGGAAAUCGAGUACCAAGCAAGUUUAAGUCGACAAAAGCAAGAGUUAGAAAAACUUCUCAUAGAAAAGCAGAAGCUGCUAGAAGCCCAGCGACAACUGACUGAAAUAGCAAGAACAACUUUGGUGCCAAUUGGUGAAAAGGAUGUCCCAGACUCCUCUUCGAAGCAACCUGCAACUGUUCCAAAAAGUUCAAGAAAACUACCAGAAGUAACCUUCAACCCAGAGCACGACAAGAAGUUCCCUAUUCUAGACAAUAACGCCCUUGCAGGAAAACCUGGAAGCAGGGUGACGUACAAGGAUUUGCAAAUACCGAGGAUCGUGAAAAGGACUUCCAAUUUGUCAGUGGAACCCCAGUAUGGAUCAGAUUCAGAUUUUAGAGGAAACAAAAUGAAGCUUCUUUCUCAGCCCUCUAAUCGACAUUCCGGGUUUGGCGCAGGCUCAAGACCCAACCCCCUUGUUAUGUCCGAAAUUCGUCGCCAGAGAGAAAUGUUUGAGCAAAACAAGAAACUGAAAUUUGUGGAAAAGCAACGGCGUAAGCACAAGUCAGCUGACGACAGAUCUGAUGGUGGCACCUAUUCCAUUAGAAGUGACCUCGACGAUGUCGAUCUUGAUGAAGGCGUUGGUCAUAGCAUGUUUAGUGCUGAUGUCACCACUGCAGCUACGUGGGGUGGCUCCACGGAGCAGAGCAGUUCAGAAGAAGAUUCUGCUGUUGGUGAAGAGGAUUUCCCUGAAGGAGGCGUUAUGGAAGAUGAGUAUGACGAAAACAUGGACCAGCCUGAAGAAGAGGAAGAAGCCGGAAGGGGAGAAGAAGAGCAGGAAGGAGAUGACGUAGCCCCUUUGUUUGAUUUCAAACAGAAUCAGAGCAAAAAACAGAAGAAGGAAAAUAGAGGCCUUUGGUUCAAUCUUGCUGGUCAACGGCGAAGUAACAAAGGGAAAAAGCGAAAACUUGAUUCCAAUCAAAAUGAGGGAAGCCGAGGAAGCUCAGUUUCAUGGUCAAUGAACGUAUCUCCAGAAUCCUCAGCAAGACACAGACCAAGACAACAGAAUUUGACCCCAGCACACAAACUGAUGAAGAAUAAAGGAUCACACCCCCGGACAGAUGACACUGGGAACGUGUGGGAACAGCAAUGCGAAGAGCUUCGGCAACACCUGGCGAGUAGUACAUCACUCACAACAUCAUUGCUACGGAACCAACAGACGCUUUUGUCAAUCAUGCAGAGUCAAGCUGGCUCAUUCAAUCCAGCAUUAGGCUCAGCAGGCUUCCAGAUGAAUACUCCAAUGUUUUCUCCGUUUGGUGGAUACCAACGCAACGCUUUUACAAACAUGAAUCAGCAAAACUUUGAUCAGCAGAACAUGGAGCAGCAACAUGCUUCCUUUUUGCAGGGGCUAGAGCGGUGCACAUCCCAGCUUGAUAGACAACAUCAAGAAAUUCGAAACCUACAGAAUGAGUUUCAGCGAAUGGUCUUAGGCUCUGGGGUCGGUCGUCGUGUGUAUGCCUGGGAAAAUCCAACUGAAGCAAAUAUUUUGACAACGAUUGGGCAUAGAAAACCAAAUGACCCCUAUUCUACUUUGUAUACGAACUCCUUCACCAACUCUGGACCAUUUCAGGGGGAUAUUAAAGGUUUUCAGGAUCAGCAAAGACCAGAUCUAACUCAUUCUGCAACAUCGCCUCAUGUCUUUGCAGAUGACACGAUAAACAGAUUCACUCAAACCGAGGUUUCACCUGAAUUACCUCGUAAGGAUGCUGCUUUUUCCUCUGGCCAAGAGCGACAAAAAGCUGCAGCUCAGGACAAAUCAAAAACAGAGAGUUUUCCUCUUCAAGGGUUUUAUAGUUUCAAAGUUUCAGAACAGCAAGAACACACACAACAUCAUCCGAGACCAAAUGCCAGCAAUGGAGAGAGAAUAGGAGGAAGUUAUGACCCACUUGCCUACUCAGAUUCACAACGUGGCAAUAAUUCAGAGCGUCGGCCCAAUGACGUCAUUACAACAUCAUAUCCAACGCCUAGCAAAUCUUCUGCUGCGAAAAGCCUUGCUCAAAGGCAAAAAGCCACGUGGCCAUCGUUUUUUAAAGACCCUGAUAACGUCGAUAGUGCAUCUGAGGGGAGAGUUCCCUACGUUGGGACUGAUGCUCAAGAACAUUGGGGUUCCAGGUCUACGAGAAAGCCGGACGAAGAUGAGAGGCUGUCGGUAACCAGCAGUUACUCACUUUUUGAAACAAUGAGAGACUCAAUCUACUCUGAGGUUGCAACUUUGAUAUCAAUGAAUGAAUCAAGACCGCAUUAUCUGGUUGAGUUGUUCAGGGAGCUGCAGUUGCUGACCUCAGACUAUCUUCGCCAGAGAGCCCUGUAUGCCCUGCAGGAUCUUGUCACUAGAUUCCUAACUGAAGAUUCAGAAACGAGGCAGUCGAGUGAACCUCCAGAAGAGGUUUAUAGAAAAUGGAUGGACACGGCUGCAGUAGAGCAAACGCCAAGCGAGAGUGCUGCAACCUCUGAUGACGAGGAUCAAGAAACCAAGGCCUUGGAGGCGCUUUCAAGUCAAAUACGAAAUAACGACAUGUACGAUUAUGCGGAGAUCGCCGAAACUGGAAGUACGAUGUCUACGCCAACCUCGAACCAAGAUCCGCCUUUUGCGGCCGAAGGGCUUGGUGACACCGUGAUAAAUCUGGACGAGGCGUUACAGAAGAUGCGGAGCUAUGAAGAGAGGAUGGCGGAGGCGCGCAAGAAUGCAGUUAACCAGGAAAUGGACAAUGAAGAAGAUUUAGCAGGGGCCGUUGCGAGCGAAACCAGUUCGGCCUAUGAUGUUGCUAGUGAAACAUCUUCAGACAUUCAGCAACCAUCGAUUGACACCCAGAAGCUGGACAGACAAAUAAAGUCGAUAAUGAUGGAACUCAUACCAUUUCUAAAUGAACACAUGGAAGCCCAAUGCACAGCGUCCUUUUUAUCUGAGUUGAAAAGUGUGAUCUUGAAACUUGCAAGAGAAAAAGAACCUGAAGCCGAAAGACAGGAAUUUGGCAGAUCUUUCAAUCGUCAGCUGGAGUCUGUGCUUAAAGAUUCACUCAGUCGUUUUGAAGGGAGAAGUUUAAAAGAAUGCGGAGAAGACAUUUUAAUUGAUGUAUCAGAGAUUUUGUUCAAUGAGAUGGCCUUUUUCCGACUCAUGCAAGACUUGGAUCGGCCGUCAUCAAAACAGUCCUACUGGAGAAAGGACUCGGAUUCCCAUCGUCUUUUUGACGCAGUGGGGGGUCAACAAGGAAUUGAGGCAGCAGUUGCUGGGCUUGCAACUGGCUCUUUUGAAGCCUCCAGCUCUUCUGUAGGCCUUUUGGUGAACACCACAGGAACACUAUUCAGCCCCCCUGCUCCACGGACAAAUAUUAAUGAGCCACGCAAAAGUCGCACUGUUCAGGAAGAUUUAGAAAUACAAGACCUUGAAGAAAAUGAAGAAAACGGCUCCGCUGCUGAAGAUGAAGCUGAAGCCGCCCGUCAGUUUGUGAACGUCGAGCUUUCGGUGAGCGAGUCGAGGCCAUUUGCUAGCACGGGAAGUGGCGAAGAAGACGAGGAGGAAGACAAACAGUCAUUCCCCAUGCAGAAUGCGGCCCCGGAAUCCUCUGUUCGGGCACAGCAACAACACGAUCAGAUUGGACAGCAACGACUUGGACAGCAACUGGAGCCACAAGAAGAUAACCGCCGCCAAGAUGAUGGGGACGAUGUCGAUGAUGACGACGAUGUGGAUGACAUGCCAGAAGAUGAAGAAAUGCGCAGCAGCCCAAGGAAUAUUCAGGAUGAUGCGGUGGAUGGAAAUCGUGAAAGUGCCUUUGAGGAGGAUGACAGGGAAGAAGAUGAGCGUGAAGAAGAUGAGCGGGAAGAGGAUGAGCGUGAAGAAGAUGAGCGGGAAGAGGGUGACAGGGACAAUGAUAACCUACUAUCACACGGAGAAGAUGAUGCAAGUGGGACAAGGACAGAAAGUGCAGGUGCCUACCCAAAUAACGAGGAUGGAAAUGAAAGUGAGAUCACUGUUGAUGACCUGCCGACCAAACUGACUGGUCUAACUGAGGCCGAUCUUCAGACGAGGAUGGAAUCAGAACAAAGUGCAGUCGAGGGUGCAGCUGGAAUAUUGUCACAUUUAACUAGUGAGCCAGAACUUGCAGAAGAUUCAGCUCAACGAGAGCAACAGCAGCAACAAGAACAGCCACAACCGCAGCAACAAGAAGAUUAGAGGCCACUAGGAGGGAACUUUGCUUUUUCGCUAAUAUCUGUUGACAAAAGCAGUUAUCGGUAGAAAGUUUUUAGCUGCUUCUUAACAAACUGACUAUAUAUUUAUGAGGGCUUAUGCCACGAGGAGGGAAAGCCACGCAACUGUUUACUCAAAGUCACGCAUAGUGUGAGCUGCAUAGGAUCUUAUUGGUUUGGAAUGUAUGUAAAUGGUUGUGAUGCAUAAUUUAUUAUCAGCUUGUAUUCAUGUUCAUAGAGAUAUAUCUGUUUGCACCUUCAUGUUUUAAGUGCUUUUUGCUUAAGUACAGUUUCUUUUUGUAUUGGAAACAUAGUUCCCUGCUUCGAUUGUCCAAUUGUAAACUUUGAUCUAGAGAGAAAUGCCCGUUAAAGGCAUUGAGUCAUGGUAAAUAGGCCUUCUCCAUGGGGGUCAUUUGCUUUCGGAGUGUUCGCUGUAGUUCCAUGUGAUAUCGACAUCCGUUGCCGACAACGUUGUUGCAAACCAGUGCGAGGCAACUUCAUGCGACCAGACCCAUCAAAGCACCGCAGGACGAAAAUAAUGACUCGGCGUAUUUGGGUACGUUUGGGUAUACCCUUUUAUCAUGAUCCAGUGCCUUUAACUAAAUUUGUUUAUUCAUCGAUCAACAGUUCAUCAAACGAAAGCAUCUUUUUGGCCUUGUCCCUAACCUUUAUCUGUAUGCUUAGAAAGACUGUUAAACUAUGUCAUAAGAAAACCAAAGACAUCAAACACUCUUGUACAACAUGUGUACAACUGUAAAUGUACACCGAUCAGGAUUUGCAUAAAGCAAUAACAAGGAUUGCUUAAGACAGUUAAUUCACUUUGAGCAAAUUUUUCAACUGGAUUCAGGUUGUUAAGCAGUUUAUAAAGUUUGAGUGCAAAGAUUCCAGCUGAUUUUAUGUAAAUGUUAUUUUCUUUCGAGUUACCGAGUUAAUCGUUUACGGAGAUAAACAGUCUGAGAAGACUAGUCGUAGUGCCCUCUCGUUAAUUUUAUCUGUCUUUUUCUAGCUUUCUUUGACGUGCAACAUCCAAUAUGAAUUCGUAAUAAUUGAAGUGACACAGUGAAAAGAUA